GCCACGGAAGCUGGGAGUUGUGAGCGCCGGCGGCGGCGACACCAAUACCAAAAGCCCUAGCUCGCUACCGGCGAACGCCAACUCCCUUCUCAACUCCGACAGCCGCCAUCCGUUCACCUCUCCUGCACGAGCGACGCGGCCGCCCUCAAGCGAGGCUCAGCAAUGGUCGGGGGCCAGAAGAAGACUGGGCAGGGGCGGAUGGAUGCCGCGAUCGACCACUUUGCCCAGAUGGGCUACAACAAGGCCGACGUCCGCAAAGUCGUCAAUAACCUCAUCAAGAAUGUGUAUGGGGACAAAGGGUGGCCGUUCCUGGAGGAAAGCGGGUACCUCGUAGUGCAGGAAGCCCUCUUCGAGAAGCAGGAGCAGGACGAGAAGCUGCAGCUGCAGUUGGUGCAGGAGGAGCAUCAGGUGGAGGUUCAGCAACAAGAAGGAGCAAUGAUGGGGGCACCGCCAGAAAGCGACAUGCCAAUUGUGAAGGUUCACAAUGAGGUGCCAUCUGAAACUGUGUUUGCAGUUGAGCAAACAGAGCAACUGGUCCCCAUGAUCAUUGACCCACCUGCUCCCACAGCUGCAUUGCCACAUCCGCCAGCUACAGGAAGCGGUCGCACAAGGCUUCCCUGCUAUGGAUGGAUCAGUGAGUCUGAGAGUGACUCAGACUAUGAAGAGUUUCUUGCAAGUCGACAACAGCAGGUGCAUGUCCCAACUUCAGGACGAGACCUUCCUAAAAGGAAGCGGCCAAGUAGGUGGGAUGUGAAAUGAAGCAACCUAACAGAGGAGCUGUGGACUGGCUGGGUUUGAGUGGACAAGUGACGUCAGUUGGAGUAUUAGUAUGAGAUCUGAAUUUGCAAUGGCAGUGUGGCACUACUAUGUAAGUGUGGAGUUGUAGCACUAUCUGGUAACUUUGCAGUAUUAGUAUAACACUAAUAAUUAUAUUUGACAUACUCCAGAUUAGGCCGACAUUAUUUGGCGUUAUACUAUCGCAAAUGUUGAGAAACUGUGAUA